AUGCCGUGCGGGCACGUGUUCCACGCGGACUGUCUGAAGUCGUGGAUCAUGCAGAAGCAGAGCUGUCCUACCUGCAAUAAGUCCCUUCUCGACGAAGAACCGCGGGAGACAGUGGCGGUCGAGGACCCCACCGUGACGGCGGCGGCGGCGGCGGUGCGGGAGAUCGCGCGGGUGAACGUGGAGACGCAGCUGCGCGCGCUGGGGUUCGGCGAAGAGGAAUUGCCGCGACGCGUGGAGGAACUGAUGCAGGAAGCCGACAAGGCGCGCUGCUGA